AUGUCCGUGGAAAAGAUGCCCAUGGAAGCCAAAGAUGGCGAUGUCGAUUCGCCCCAUUCGGUGGAUGCGAGCUCCCACCUGACGAUUGAUCCCAUCGCGGAGAAGAAGCUAUUGAGAAAGUUGGACUUUUGGCUUGCGCCGAUGAUGAUUAUCUGCUUCUUGGUUGCGUACUUAGAUCGCAGUAACAUUGGCAACGCCGCAAUUGCCGGCAUGAACGAAGACUUGAAUCUGACCGGCAACAGACUCAACGUCGCGGUCACAGUCUUCUAUGUAACCUACAUCACUUUCGAGAUUCCCGCGUCCCUCAUCCUCAAGAAAGCCCGCCCGAGCCGCCUGAUCCCCUUCUUCAUCCUCGCCUGGAGCGCCACCGUCGUCGGCUCCGCUUUCGUAACCAAUUACGCCAGCCUCCUCGCGACGCGUCUGCUCAUCGGCAUGUUCGAGAGUGGCUUAUUCCCUUGCCUGACGCUCUACCUCAGCACAUUCUACAAGCGCGAGGAACAGGCCCGCCGGAUCUCCUACCUCUUCGUCGCGGCGGCUCUGUCUGGUGCCUUCGGUGGUCUUCUCGCAUACGGUCUUACUAGCCUGCACGGCGCGAGCGGUCUGGCUGGAUGGAGAUGGCUGUUCCUCAUUGAGGGUGUGAUUUCUUUGGCUGUCGGCCUCGCUAUCAUCGUGCUUCUCCCCGAUAGCUUCGAGACGGCGAAGUGGCUCACGGAGGACGACAAGAACCUGAUGCGCAUCCGCGCUGAGCAGGCGAGGGUGUACCAGGGCGAGUCUGAGAACUUCGACAAGACGGAGGUCAAGCUUGCGUUUAUGGAUCCCAAGGUCUGGCUCUCUGCUGCUUGCCAGUUCUGCGCGAACACCUGCUCCUUUGGCUUCGGCACCUUCUUGCCCGUGAUCAUCCGCGGCUUUGGAUACAGCAGCAUCAAGACUCAGCUUCUCACGGUUCCUGUUUACAUCUGGGCGUCUGCGGUCUACCUCACCAUCGCCUACAUCUCCGAUAAGCUCAACAAGCGCGCCAUCUUCAUGGUUCCCAUGGCUCUUGUCACUGCAACGGGUUACGCGCUCAUGCUUGGUGUGAGCAUGAAGGCGACCGGUGUCCAGUACUUCGCUACCUUUGUCACUGCGACUGGCAUCUACUGCGUUGUCGGUCUGAACGUUACCUGGAUCAGCAACAGCAACGCAGGCUACUUCAAGCGCGCCACCGCUAUCGGUCUGCAGCAGACUAUCGGAAACAGCGCUGGUCUCAUGGCAGGCCAGAUUUACCGCAUCACCGCCUCUGACGGCAGAUACACCAUCGGUCAUGCCGUUUCGCUGGGCACAAUCACCGUCGCAUCGGUUGGCUACUUCACCAUGUGGACUCUUUUGAACAAGAUCAAUAACCGGAGGGACAACAUGAGUAUCGAUGAGAGAGCACGGGAGAUUGAUCAAGGCAAGAAGGGUGACAGACACCCUGGUUUCCGCUACACUCUGUAG